AACACGGUCGGGGCUGAUGCAGCUGCAGUAGCGGGGAUUGCGCCACCCUGGGUCUGCUGGGUGCGCAUCUGGUGCUAAAAACAAGGUUCUGCGGGGAUUCCCGGCUAAAAGAAGUGUCCCUGGCCCGGCGCUGUGAGUGGGCGGCGGCAUUAAUAUGGGCGUUAUAGGAACAUCCGCUCUUUCUGGGGACAUUCCCAGCGCUAAGAAAACAGGACACUCCGAAUAAUGUGAGCGCUGACGCAGCCCGACGAUCAGGUAAAGUGAAGGACGUUUUGAGGAUUAGUACUGCCAUGUCCUCAUUUGAAACUACAGACACUGAAGAGACAGUUACCUGCCUUCGCAUCACGGUCUAUCAUCCAAGACAGGAGGAACAGCAAGUGUUCCGUGCCUUAGAGUUUUGCCAGCCGCAGCAGCUGAGAGCAGAUGAGAUGGUUAAGUUUGGAAGGGACUGUAAUGUCUGCCAGUAUAAUUUUGUCGACCCACGGGUUUCACGCAUUCAGUUCGCCCUGCUGUUUUUCAGACACUUCAACAGCUCAGAGUUUGGCUUUCAGAUAAAGAAUAUGAGCAAAAAGGUCAAGCUAAUCGUGGAAAAUAAUGAACUGGCCUACCUGAAUAAAGUUGACCUGCCGGAGACAUGCACGAUUCGUUUUGGAGAUUACCAGAUGCUAAUGCAAAAACAGGAAGGACAAUCGGAGGACUAUUUCAAUGUUCGCUUUGAAUUGGCCAAGAUGUCGCUGUGGCAGGAAAAAAAUCUAUUGUUGCGGGCACCUAUACCUGAUACUUGCUUUUCCUAUGCUGAUUCUCCAGUAGAGAUGGAUGAGAAUGAAUAAUUGGCAAAAGUCUCAUGAGAGAUUGAUUUCAGUGUUCUAUAUGCAAUGCUUACCUUUUCCCCCUGUGUUUCAUACCAACUGUACAUUGUUGCCCACAUUUGCACAUUAUCCUGCACUAUGUAUAGGUUAGCAUCAUCCUUUGUAUUUUGCCACUUUUCUGACAUUUUGGCAUCAUUGCUUUAGAGCCGCUUUCCUCCUGCUCCUUACUGCCACGGCUAAAGCCAUCUCCGGGAGAGGAAGCAGCAGUCAGCCCCCCUCAGCUCUAGCUGAGAGACUCCUGCCCUCCAGCUACUACUGCCGAGGACUUGGAUCCAGUUCCAUGAUCUGCUGAACUUUGUAAUUAACAACAUAGUGCAUGGCUUGGCUUUUCCCCCCCUCCUCCCUCCCAACCUCCUUUUGCGUUGUAUCUUUUAGAUUGUAAGCCUAUGGGCAGGGACUCUCAUUUGUUAUCUUUGUAUGCAACUCUGGGAGACUUUUUGGCAGAAGAGCAGGGUAAAAAUGCUAUAAAUAAACAAGUGAUAUUGCUAUAUUAAAAUCUUUCGUAUAGCCUCAUGCAGAUUACAUGACCCAGCAAUGGUAACCGAAGCUCUAUGCUGCUAAUGUUACUUUCCAAGACAAAGGGAAAAAACAAAGUUCUGCUCUUGAGCACCACCAUCUUUUAGACCCUGCAAAGUUGUUCACAUGAAAUAGAGUAAAAUAUUUAAAGACUCCUUUUGUUUCAUAGCUUGACAUGUAGACACUCUCCACUUCCUAUUCUUGGAAGAACUGUUGAUACAAAAGAAAUUGCAACUUGUGAAUUUAUUUUAUUUAAGGAAUUUCUGUUCCACUGUUCUGAAACCACGGUAGUGUCGAGGAAAUGUGUGAAUGGGCUGUUUUAUCUGUGCCCACCCUGUUUUGAUGUAAGCCCUUUCUAUUAGAAAUUAAGUUCUAUAGCAAUUUGAUGCAAACUGUAGCUGAAAAUAUAUUGAGCAACACAGAUGUUCCAAGAUUGCAAUACCCAUAUACAUAUUGUUUUUCUAGUCUUAGAAUUAUCUGCACUCUGCACAUGCAUAAAUGCCUUGUCUAUCAUUGGUUAUUGUAUUGCAAAACUGUAUUAUGAUUGGUUUAUUAUAUGAGGAAGUUCUGUUGUUGCUUCUGAGGAUGUUACCCUAUAAGUAUCUUAGCUUUGCUUACAACUAGUGGGCAGUCCUUCAUAUCCUCUAGGGUUUGCCACCUUGCAGCACUGCAGGCUGCUCGUAAUAAAACUUUUCCAAGAUGAGAGAAA